AUGGCCUUCACAAGCAUCUUUAACCAAGCGAAGAUUGGUGCGCGCCGUGUCACGACAGGACGUAUGCUGAAAUCCAGGCUUCACGAUGCGCAAGUUAACGGGAAGUGUACAGCGGAAGCUCGAACCUCAUACCUAACUCAUCUCUACACCAUUUGGCUUUUUACAUUCAGCGACCUCAAAACGGUCGUCGGACCAGAAUCCGCGUUUGGAAUCCUCAGUGCCCUCUCCGGACCUAUCCUUACUAGCAAUGAGUUUCCAAACACCGUCGAAAUCGUCUGCCGGCUUCCAACCGUUGUCUUCUGGGCCUGGAUUAACCUCUUGCCCCUCGUCAUCGACAACCAGAGACGCCCAUAUUCCAUAGGGGAGGAUCGACUUAACAAGCCCUGGCGUCCCAUGCCCACAGGUAGAAUCAGUGCCACUGUUGCAAAACGUUGGAUGCAGGCAUUUUACUGUGUGGCAAUCAUCAGCAGCUUCUACACGGGGACCAUAGCACAAUGUACGGGGCUGAUAAUUCUUGCAGUCCUAUACAAUGAGGUCGGCGGCGCAGACAAAAGCUGCGUGGUACGAAAUUUGUUAAACGCACUUGGAUUCUUGUGCUACGGUUCAGGAACCACUCUCAUUGCUUCCGAUGCCUCACUCAGCAACAACGGGGUGAAAUGGUUCGUUGUCAUUGGGAGCGUGAUGUUCACCACGGUGCAUGCCCAGGACAUGUCUGACCAGGCUGGGGAUAAAGCACGUGGAAGGAAAUCAGUUCCUCUUGUGAUUGGAGACUGGCCGGCACGAUUGACGAUAGCGGUUUUUGUGGGAUUCUGGUCAUUCUUCUGUCCUGCUUUUUGGCAUUUGAGUAUUUAUGGAUACCUUGCUCCUAUUAUGUUUGGUGCCGUAGUGAUUACCAGAUGCAUUCGGAAGAGAGGGGUCGAUGAUGACAAAGUGACUUUCUGGAUUUGGAAUGUUUGGGUUGUCAUGCUAUAUUUGUUGCCACUGUGCAAGAGGCUUGGAUUCUAA